AUGUCUCUUCAGAAGAUCUACACCCGGUUUCUGAGUGCCCCGAACAUUGAUCAGCUCGACCCUGCCAUCACCUUCCACUACAUCACCACCGCCAUCUCUGUCAACGGCCCUGAUGCGAUCGUCAAGCAGCUAAAACGCGAGAACCUGAGUCAGCUCAAGAAGCGCGUCGAGAAGGUUCUGGCUUCCGUCGAGACCAGCGACUCUCUUGUUUUGGAGAUUGAGACCGAAAUCGAGUUCCUCACCAGUGGCGCGAACUGGCUGCCCGGCCUGGAUGACAACUUCCUUGCUGACCACAUCCUGCGCUUCCCUGUUGUCCACAUUGUCAAUUUCAGCCAUGGUCGUAUUAAGGAAGUUCGCCUCUACUGGGACCAAGCGAACCUUCUGAAGCAACUCGGUGUCAUCGGUCGUACCGGUCGCAACUGGCCCAUCAAGGACGGUGGCGAGCAGGUCAAGAUGAUCUACGAGUCAGUCGCUCGCCAGGCAUCUUCUACCUCCCUUGGCGGAGGUGUUCCGGAGACGGCCGAGCCUCGAUCGCGCUCUAAGGGUCCCGAGAGCGCCACACGCGACCCCCACGCAUCGCUUCAUCUCUUCAACUCAGCUGAGGAGCAGCAGGAGCCUGCCCAGGCCGUCGUGCCUCCUAAAUCACGUGGUUCUUUCUCUCAGGGACAGACGUACGAUAUGGGCAGACACACGAACCAAGAAGAAGAACCCAUUAAGAAGCCGAAUGCGCAGGGAGGAAACCACGGCAAGAACUCCAACUACUCUCACUUCGAGUUCGGUACCGCGGGCGACGAGGAGGAAGCCGAGAUUCAAUCCAGAAAGCAAGGAAAGAACGCCAUGCCUACGAGCGGUGCCUGGGGUAACGACGACUACGCCACCCCUGAGAAGAGGAAGCCGCAAACCAACCGCAACCUCCGUUCCUUCGCUUACCCGGAAGAUGAUGACGACGAGUCCAAUGCCCAACGCGGUUCUGUUCUGUCGAACGUUACUAACGGUCGUCGUGCCAACGCUCACCACUUCGAUAUCGGUGACAACUCUCCCGCCGACAAGCCCACUCGUGGCAAUCAGGGGCGUCAGCAGCAGCAGGAAGAACAGGACGACCAGCACGACUUCUAUUCGCAGUUCGGUAGCGAGAAGACCACCACCGGUAUCCGCAUUGCUGGUAACGGUCAGGGGAUGAGCAAGGCGGUUGCCAACCCCUACAGCGUCUUCGACAAGGAUUCGGGUUCUAGCAACGCCCCCCAGCAACCCAAGUCUGGCUACCGCGGGAACAGGAACACCGACCACUACAACAACUAA